UAUCAAAAUUCAAAAUUUAUACUAUUAAAUAUUUUUAAUCACAAGAAAAUAAAUCUCACAUUCAAAGCGUGUUGAGGAGUAUCAAAGACAACAUGGCAAAAACCCAUGAAUCUGCCAUUAGCCAAACGCGCCAUUCGAACCUCAACAACAUCCCCAACUACUUUAUUGAAGAAUACUCUCACUAAAUAUAGAUUAUAUAAACAAAAUGUUAGUUCAAGAAAACUUUUGUUUGCGUGAACUCAAUAAUGUUAGCACUUACAUAAAAGCUGGAUUAAUUUGUUGGAUUACUGGCAGAUUCCCAACAAAGACGGUCCUUGAUGGGGAAGCUUGCUGCUACACGACCUCAGAAGAGCUUUCUCCUUAGAAGAAGAAGCAUCAUGUAGGUUUUGCUCUGCCUGCUUACUCUCAUCAAGUUCCUCCUGAACAGGUUAUUCAAUAAAAGCUACCAUAAGGGAAAGGAUAUGAACUAAUCAUAAUCAAAUCUUCAAUCCCCACAAGACCAUCAUUUCAGCUCUCUCUUGCUUUCAGGGUCUAAAAGUGAAAGUAGAGUCAAAUCAAUCUCAAAGUAGCUAAAUCCAAUCCUAACAAUCUUAUCAACUAAAACUAAAACCCUCACACAUUCUCAUCAACAAAUAACUUAAACCGUAGUAACCAAAACAAAAAUCAGCAGCUGAAUAAACAUUAACGUUAACAUCUAACCAGAUAUAAAGAAACUAGAUUCUAGUAAUACAAAAAUCAGCAGCUGAAGGGGAUUCGAUUGGUUCCCUGGUGGUUAAGAGAACAAGACUGACACAGUAACUUUUUGUUCUGAAUUGCAUCUCCUCCUAGUUACUUUUGUGCUCAAAAUACAGUUCCGGUUUCGUCGCCAAUUUAAUUGAAAACCUAAAAAUAGCUGAAAAAACGGAUCAGGAGGAAGUGAGAAAAAAUGCCGUCGCAGAUUCUCCAAAUCUCACAUCAUCUUCCACCUAAAUCUUCACCAUCGACGGAAAUGAUGUUCAAGUCUUUGAUUUACGAUGAUCCUUCUACGACCCUUCUCUCUCGAUUUGGUGAUGACCACCACACCAUUUCUUCUACCGUUAAGCCUCUCCUCUCCCGCUCUUCCAGCUACAACGGCACGGCCAUGAAGACGUCUUCUUCUUCUUCUGCUGGUGGAUUUACUGGUUGGUAUCAGAAUAGACGCCGACGAUCUAACAGCGAUAACUGUCUCUCUGCGUUUUCCGAUGAUACUAAUGGAACCGCCGACGGUGGUAAUAAUAGCGGCGACCGUCAAACUACUAUUGGUCAGGAGGUUGGCCACGCCGCUGCAGAAACAUUCUUGUUGACCCGUCUUUGUUUGAAGCUCCUAAGCUAUCUUGGGGUAGGUUAUAGAUGGAUUACAAGAUUUAUGGCACUUGGGUGUUAUGCAUUUCUACUAAUGCCAGGCUUUAUUCAAGUCGGAUACUACUAUUUCUUCUCUCCUUACGUUCGCAGAAGUAUAGUUUACGGUGAUCAACCAAGAAACAGGCUUGACUUGUAUCUACCUAAGAACUCUACUGGACCAAAACCAGUUGUGGCGUUUGUGACUGGUGGAGCCUGGAUUAUUGGUUAUAAGGCGUGGGGUUCUCUCUUAGGACAGCAAUUAUCAGAAAGAGAUAUUAUUGUGGCAUGCAUUGAUUACAGGAAUUUUCCGCAAGGAUCUAUUAGUGACAUGGUCAAGGAUGCUUCUUCUGGCAUCUCAUUUGUUUGCAAUCAUAUUGCUGAGUAUGGAGGUGAUCCAGAUAGGAUCUAUCUGAUGGGUCAGUCUGCUGGUGCACAUAUCGCAGCUUGCACCAUUGUAGAGCAGGUCAUUAAAGAGUCAGGGGAGGGGGACAGUGUCUCUUGGAGUAGUUCACAAAUAAAUGCUUAUUUUGGUCUAUCUGGAGGAUACAACCUUUUGAACCUUGUGGACCACUUCCAUAGCAGGGGGCUGUACCGUUCCAUCUUUCUGAGCAUCAUGGAAGGAGAGGAAUCAUUAAGGCAGUUCUCUCCUGAAUUAGUAGUGCAAAACCCGAAUCUCAAACACAUCAUUGCUCGUCUCCCACCUUUUAUUUUAUUCCAUGGUACUGAUGACUACUCCAUCCCGUCAGAUGCAAGUAAAUCUUUUGCGGAAACCCUCCAGAGGCUUGGGGCCAAAGCAAAAGUGAUCCUUUACGAGGGGAAAACACACACGGAUUUGUUUCUUCAGGAUCCAAUGAGAGGUGGAAUAGAUGAGAUGUUUGAAGAUAUAGUAACAGUGGUUCUGGGAGACGAUCAAGAAGCGAUUGGUAAAAGCGUAGAUAGAAGGCGUCUUGUACCUGAAUUCAUGUUGAAGUUGGCUCACUGGGUCAGUCCGUUCUAACUCCUACACUCUUAUCUCCCAGAAGAUCAAAGGAAGUACAUUCCUUCUUCCAGUGAUACAGACGGGUCAAUGUGCAUAUUACUUAACAAGGAAAACAGAUCCCACUAUACUUUGACGAUACAGAUGAUUUUGAACUUUGAUGAUGAUGAUAUUGUAUCCCGGUUUGCAAAUACACUGAUUAUUUCGUCAUUGCCUGUUUGUGUUUUUGUAGAACACUGAAAGUGCAUUAAAGAAACAAGGCUUCAUUGACUUUGUCACCUUAAUUAAACUGUCUUUGGUC